UGUACACUCGACUCGUGUGCUGUUGUUAGUGCCACGUCCGUCCGUGUUUACUAUUCUUGAUAUACAUGACAGUCUAAUACUUAACUGGAUUUAUUAAAGUUCUCUCCUACAUUUUAGGGAAAUGGGUGGCUCUCAGAGUGUAGAAAUUCCUGGUGGAGGAAUGGAAGGCUAUCAUGUUCUCAGAGUCCAGAAUGCAUCUCCUGGACAGCUUGCAGGACUAGAGGCCUUCUUUGACUUCAUCGUAGCCAUUGGAAACACUCGCUUGGAUCAAGACAACGACACACUCAAGGAGCUACUGAACAAGAACCUGGAAAAGUCCGUGGAGAUGAAGGUUUACUCCAGCAAAACCCAGCGCGUUCGCUCCAUCAACAUCACUCCAUCUAAGCUGUGGGGCGGACAAGGCCUUCUUGGAGUCUCCAUCCGCUUCUGCUCUUUUGAGGGAGCAAAUGAGAAUGUCUGGCAUAUUCUUGAAGUGGAGGGCAACUCUCCUGCGGCCAUCGCAGGGCUGGUGGCGUUCAAGGACUACAUCAUCGGGGCAGACUCUGUGCUGCACGAGAGCGAGGACCUCUUCUCUCUCAUUGAAGCUCAUGAUAAAAGGCCUCUGAAGCUGUACGUGUAUAACAUUGACUCGGACGUGUGCCGGGAGGUGACUGUUACCCCAGACUCCAAGUGGGGUGGUGAAGGAAGCCUUGGUUGUGGUAUUGGUUAUGGUUACUUGCACCGCAUCCCACUGCGCCCUGAGGACACCACAACCACCACACCCACCACCUGCACCACCACCACCACACCGCUGGACCCCACCACAGCGGCCCACACCAUACAGGCGGCGAGUGCUGGACUCCUGCAAACUAACCUUGCUGGUGGACCAGUCGGUGCUGCACCAUCUCUUGUCAGCCAAGGCUUGCCGUCUGCUGUUAGUCAAGCCAUGCCAUCUGCUGUCAGCCAAGGCAUACCAUCUUCUGUCAGCCAAGCAUUCACAACAAGUGGAUUGCCUCCCAUCAGCCAAGGCUUUGCACCGAUCAGUCAAGCUCUACCACCGAUCAGCCAAGGCUUAGCAGCAACCAGUCAAGCUCUACCACCCGUCAGCCAAGGCUUAGCAGCAACCAGUCAAGCACCACUUCCUGUCAGCCAAGGCUUGCCAGCGGCAGCAUAUAAUUCGCCAGCUGCCACUCCGUUCUCUUACCCAACUGCUACUGUUAAUUACAGUUUUGCCCCGGGCUCAGCGCUGCCGCCCCCCGCCUCCCUGCCCCCCAGCGUGGGGUUCAUGCCCCCCACUAGUAACCCCCUCACCAUGGGGGGCCACCCCACCACCCAGGUGGGAGCAUCACAACCUGCCUCAGCAGCGAGCUUCUUCCAGCCCCCCAGCAGCCAGCAAUACUUCACCCCAGCCAUGAGCCACUCUGUGGCACACUCCUUCCCUGCCGGAGGUGUGGGGGCCAUGUCCCCCCUCCCCACCAUCCCCGGUAUGCCCGUCACCACCCCCAUCUCCCUCCCCGGCCUCCCCCCCAUCACAGUGAGCGCCAGCCUGCCUCCCUCCGCCCUGCAAGCCAUCCAGCAGCCAGUCAGCCUGCCCAGCAGCCAGCCUCAGCCAGUUCAGUGAUGACGUCAGCCAGUCCAGUGAUGACGUCACCUCAGCCAGUGAUGACGUCACAUCUCAGCCAGUGAUGACGCCACACUUCAGCCAGUGAUGACGUCACACCUCAGCCAGUGAUGACGUCACACUUCAGCCAGUGAUGACGUCACACUUCAGCCAGUGAUGACGUCACACCUCAGCCAGUGAUGACGUCACAUCUCAGCCAGUGAUGACGUCACACUUCAGCCAGUGAUGACGUCACACCUCAGCCAGUGAUGACGUCACACCUCAGCCAGUGAUGACGUCACACCUCAGCCAAUGAUGACGUCACUAUCUCCAAGUGAUGACGUCAGCAGUAACGAAUUAUGACGUCAUCAACAAGUCGUGACGUCAUCAGCACUCCACAAACGGGAUAAAGGUUAUCACUUGUAUAGUGCUAAGGUAUAGCGGGGGGUACAUUAGAAGGAGAACUGCAAUAUAAUUAAAGUGAUCAUCACUGUGAGCUGCACUGAUGAGAUAAUCUUAACUCUACUGCACUUGAGAAUUAAUCCUGACUUAUAACUUUUACUGUAAACGAUCUGGCAGUAAAUGUCUGAACGUGGCUCGUAAUAAAUGUGCUAUUCCUGUUAGUACUGGCAAAGAAAAGGGUUUGGAAAUAGUAACUAAAUUAUUUAUUUCUAGGAUAUUUGUACCAGCCUUGUAAAAUGUAUUCGAUGGUAACGAAUUAAUGUAGAAAAUGUCCGGGAAUGCGUGGAAAAUUCCAACGGCAAUCAAACCUCGCAAAAUUAAACCUAAAAAUUGCAUUAAAUAUUGAAUGUAUGACCACCGUUAACUAUUUGAAAUCAUCUCGAGAAUAAGAAACGGUAAUUUCUCAGAUCAUCUUGUAGUGCAGCGGUUUGACAACAAGUUUUGAACCAAUGUAGACAACAUGAAUUUCAACAUGCUAGCAUAUGUUAACAAUGCAGUUCUCACCUUGUGUUGAACACAUCUUGUCAACAUGAACUUAGUUAGAAGACAUGUUGUAGUCGCAGUCAUCGUCUAAAUUACUCAAGCUGUAAAAAAUAAGACCACUUAUCAUCAACACAUGUUGUACACGCAUUUGUCGUCAAAAUAAAAGUUGUAAAAAAUAAGACCACUUAUCGUCAAAAUUAAAGUUGUAAAAAAUAAGAGCGUCGCUGGAAAUUCUACUCUCUGCUGCCAAUAGUUUGGUUGCUGCGCUGUAACAUCGUCUAUUAAUCUUGUCUUGAAGACCUGAAUAACCUAUAUAAUGCAUUAAAAUAUAUUUGCGUAAAACUCUUGUAUAUAUACCUAUAUCAUUGUCUUUGCUACCUUUACUAUCUUAUUUUCUCUUUAUUUCACAUAAGCCUUUAUUCGGUUUUCCUGAAAUUCAUUAUUUAUGAUUUUUUAUCUGUUCUCAACUUGAGAUUUAGUGUGAAAAUACAACAUUUGAUUUUUGUUUACUAGAUUCUAUGUACUACUUUCAAAGAUAAUUAUUCAUUUAUAGAACUUGUCUCGUAUUCUUUAUGGCAAAAGUCGUGAAUUUUCUUUAUAUGUCUCUACCAUUCCUUAUAUUAGGAAAUAUUGCUGUUUCUGCUCUGGAAGCUAUUAUUGGAAUUGUAUAUCUUCAGGGAAAUGCCCGCAUAUUUUAAGUAUGUUAAUUAUUCUUAUCAAGUUUUUCGCACCAGCUCCCUGUUAUCGCUGUCAUAUUUUAGAUUUGCUUUAAAGAUAGGCAGUUAAAUUUUCUUUAUUAGUCAGCAAUGUAGAUCUCAAAUAUUAUCUGGGUUGAAACGACUUCAAUAGUAAUAUUGUGAUAGAAGGUGAUAAAAUUUUGGAUAAAACGUGUUUUUAAUGCCGUACACAAUAUCAUUUGAAUCUUUUAAAUAUGUGUCAAUCGUGGACAUGAUAUCAUUUAACAUAGUUUGAUUCAAAUACAGUUGCAGCCUCAGUUGAUUUUUACAAUUUUAAAUAUUAAAUUAUAUCCUUUAAAGAUGCAGGAGUAUAAAGCUGUUCAAUCUUGCGGGCGCAAUGUAAAGACUCAAAUGUUGCCAGCUUUUGUUGUGUAAAUAAAUACUUCUGGCGAAUGAACUUAGCUUGUCGACUUUGAUGCUUUAAACUAAAAUUUUAUAUCAAUUACUAUUUUUUGAAUUAUCCAUUUAUGUUUUCGAAAAUAAUUCGUGGAGAUAACUCUGUUUUUUAGAUAACUAUCAUCGGCACACUUUUUGUUAUUGAUUGUGCCACCAAUGUACAGCCUUAAAAAGUUUGUUGCUUUUUCCAUCAGUUCAGUUGGCUUACGGCUGUAUAACAGAUAAAGGUUUAGCUAGGCAAAGAAUUUAAAACUAAAAAUUUUUCAAUUUAGGUUCUUUAUUUUCGGUUGCAAAAUUUGAAGUCAACUCAUCGUGCAAUUUUUUUAUGAACUUUCGUAGUCUGAAAAUAAUUUGCCAGCGUGUUGGUGUAGGCAAAUUCAUUCGCUGAACUUUAAUGGUAAAAAUUAAUUACGGGAUGUACUAAGGGUUCAUAUUCACGUUGCCUGUACGAUAUAAUUGACAACAUUUUUUCUCAUUAAAAUGCCGGACCAGA